AUGUCUUCUGGCUUCAUAGACACCUGGCCUAUCUUAGAAUACGCGGAAAUGCAAUAUCUCGGUCAUCAUACUGCCCUUCCAUCAUCACUCACGAAUUCCACGCUCUCGGAAUUUUCUAGGACCUUAAUUGAUUCCGAUUCUGUUCCUAUUUCUUCUCAAAUGUUCGCACCCGGAGCGGCUGUUGGCAUGUCUAAUUUCAUGCCCGAUGUAACGGACUGUAGGCAGACCGAAACAUUCAUUCGUGGCAACAGCGUAGAUCCCACGUAUCAUAGCUCUGCACCACAGGCCUUUCCGCCUUUCCACAGUUACGUUUCGGACGUAGAGCAAUGUAAUUCUUCCCAGGAAGCUGUUCCUCGGACUCAUAGCUACGAUUCUUUUCCACCGUCACUAGAUAUCAAGGCUAUAUCAACUCAAUUUAACGCCGAUUUUAAGCUCAAUGGCAUUCUGGCGGAUAUGCAGCUCAUAUCUACGGAUGGGGUUGCGUUCUACGUCCAUCGUUAUCGACUGAUCGAGGCAUCGUCAAAUGGUUUUGGUUCCCUUCUGAAUAUCUACGAGUCCUGGAUUCCUCGAGCCGUCCCUGAGCAUUCAGAACAGCUGAACAUCAUCCUGCAUGCCAUAUACGCAAUCUCGUGCGCUCCGUUUCAGCCUAACAUCGAUACAUUAUUGACAGUAGUGUGCCUGCUUCCGAAAUACGGCUUGCAGCCCAAAGACUACGUCGCGCCAUCACUGCCGCUAUUCAGUGAUAUCCUUUACCAUAUGCCGGUCUCGCCACUAUUGACAUAUGUCAUAUCUUCGAACUAUGACCUGAUAGAGCUCGCAGCCAUGGCAUCGACGUAUCUCCUCUCCCUGGAUAUCUCCUCCAUGAGCGAAGAGCUGGUAGAAUUUAUUAAUCCUGUAUACCUGAAGCGUCUCUUCGACCUCCAGAGGACUCGCAUUGAUGCCCUGAAGCACCAGCUUGCCCUUCCGCCGAAAUCCCACCCUGCGACACCUGAGUGCGAUUUUAUAGCUCAGAAGUCUUUGAACGGGGAGUGGGUACGCUCUACAGCGAAUCUGAUUUGGAACGCUCGAGCAGGCAUGACGGCUGGCGAAAUUGAAGAAAUAUUCCAGAAGCUUGACCAGAACACGCUUUGCAAUUUGUGUAAGAGACGUCUUAAAGAACGAGUAAAGGCGAUGGUCAUCGAAUGGUCGAAAGUAAAGGUAUGGUUGCGGUUGUCAUUGGAGCGUCUCGACAAACGUUGA